UUUCUCGAACCAGUCCCACUAUUAAGUCUACAGAACGCAUUUUCUCAUAUAACGGCUCUCACUUCAGCAAACAAUAACAAACAGUAACUCACCUCUCUUAACUCUCACCUCCCCAUUUCGCUCUCCAGAGCAAUUUUCCGAAAAGCUUUCCCACCCAUUGGAACCAUCCUCCCAGCCACCCACCACCUCCCGAAAACGCACAUGACUUUUUCGCAAAUCCCUUCCAUCCGCACAGUGUUUUUGUUAUUUUCUCAAAACACGAUCCGGUCGUCCUCGCCAUCGUCAUCGUCGUCGUCCUCGUGAACCGUAAGCGCGCCUUCGGUUGGAAUUCCAAGCCAUCCCUACAACAGCCAGCCAGCUAGCCAGCACACGACUUCGAUGGGCGGUCGAUCCGGUGCCAGCGCCUGGAAGUAGGCCACCUCAGUUGCUCUCGAGCGGUGUUCCGAGAUAAGCGUGCUUUUUUUUCGGGGACGAUCUGCUACGGUGCCGUGCCGCGCCGGUAUUGGGAACGAGAAUCUGUGUGUUAUUUCAGCAAGUUUUUUCCGUACAUUUUACGGGGCAAAAACGGGUCACACACGGUUGACCGGGAACGGGUCUCGAGUCCGAGAUUUCCCCCAUUUCAGGGGCGCGUGGCGUGAUGGAGUCGGGAUUUUGACCGGUGGAGGGCUCCGGUGCAGAAGAGAAUUCGCGGUCAUUCCGCCGUGUGUCGUUAGAGGGCUCUGCCUGGUAGGGCAGCAGCAGCAGCUGUAGAGCGGCGAUAAUCGAUAGCCUCGCGAAAACGGAAGCCGAGGCCCGCACGCGAGUGUCGCAAGUGGGAAGUGCGUUUUCGGGCACGUUGUUUUGAGGGAAAAGUUUUUUUUUGUUGUGCGAGGCUGGGCGGAUGAAAAUUGAUUAUUAAUAGGGAAAAAGUUAUUUGUGUCGUUUGGCUGUUUUGUUUGCGAAGAAGAGUGUGGGCGGUACAAGUGUGGAAUUUGCAAAUAUGAAAAUCUGCUAAAUUGCGGUCAUUUUAUGGUGGAAAGUGUUUUGCUCGGUUUGAAGGGAUCAUUGCAGUCAAGUCCUCUGGGUGUAUCCUCAUAUGAAAUGUAUUUAUUUGUUGGUAUAGACGGGGUGGAGGAAAUGUUGCAACAUUAGCUCAAUUUCAUACGUGAUCUGUGUGUUUGAAGAGAAGAGAGCCACCUCGGUGAGUUAGUACGACAGUGUUUGGGGGCAAACGAACCCAAAAGGGUAGAAAAAAAUCCCACCACCCGUGUCCGGAUUCUCGGAAUGAAGAUUUCAGACCAUGCCAAGAGUAUAAGUGCAAAUAUAGAAACUUGCUCAACGUGAAUCGAUUCUGCUAUACUUAGCUCUAGUCAGUGACCCGUAUACAGAGUGUGUUUGAGUAAUGGUUCAACCAUAAGUGUGCGGUUUGUAAAUCCUGCAGUAAGUUCAAGUGGAAAUUAAAAGCGUGCUUGUGGUGAUACUCCCUCAGUCCCAACUUGAAACAAAAGAAGAACAUUGUGCUACCCACUUCCUGCCGAAAAACCAAAUUCAAACUGACAGCUUGAAUUUCGGAAUCAUCCAACCUUUAACUGAGAAGGGAAAGACGACAUCCUGGGAUUAUCAUCGAGGGUACCGCACCCGCAGCAACACGCCGGAAGAUUUACCACACUAACCAAGUCAACCAACCAAGACCGACGAAGUCGUUGCCGUCUUCGGCGUAGGUACUGGACCGGCAGAGCGGAGUGGACCCGGCAAAAAGUACCUACCUACCCGAGGGAAAUCGAACACCCGCCAAUGCUGGUGGAUAGAGCGUUCGGUUGCUGGUUCGCUCCUUGUUUCACGUGGGGUACGCUUUUGCCGUGGUGGCGCGACGUGGCCAUGACCAGACUAACUGAUGUUGUGGCAGUGCGGCUCAUCGCAAGCGAAGCAGAAAAAUAGCUCGGCACCACCACCCGCCCCAUAAGAACCAUUCAUUCGGGUUAGUCGAUUCGAGAGAAACCACCCUCGCUUCACGUCGUAACCAACCGACCGACAUCGGCGACACAGGAAGCAUAGGAAAGCAAAGGGGAACAUAAAUUAGAGAGACCAAUAAAUUUCGCCCCACCACACGCCCCCGCUUCGUCAUUUGCUCGUCGUUUGCCUUAUGGAACCGUGUGGACUUCGUCGGGAGUUCGGGAAUGUGUUACGUUACAAUUACGGGACGGACGGAAGAAGAAGACCAAACGAGUUGAGUAAGGUUCAGGACGGAAUCGUGAAGCAAAAAAUCCAUUAAAAGAAAUAACGAAAACCAGCAGCACCCCAAACCCUGGCGGGUUGGAGUGCGGAGGAGGCUCAAGGUCCGGAAAGGUGCUUACCGAGAAUAAAUAUUUUCAAGACCAAUCCACGGCAAAGAGAAAGAGCAGAAGUUCUGUUUUCCGGCGAAAAGGUAGCCUAGUGCUUGGGAUUGAAGUUUAGGAAAAUAACCUGAAGGAAGGGAAAGCGUGGUUUGUGAAGCGUUUGUCAGAAAAAGGCAUUUUUGCUCUAAGUGAAAGCCAGCAACGGAACGGAGUGGGUCAAUUUCGAUUGUGACAAAUGUGUCAUUGUUGUGACCCAUUUCAGGUAUCAAUUUGUUUCGAUUUGAAUGGAAGUGCACGAGGCAGGUGAAAAAAAGAUCACGGUCGGCGGUGUAAAGAUUGAAGUUCCUUUCGGUGUAGUGUUGGUGAAUCAAGCGAGACAAAUGUAAUCGAACGGAAACAAGGAUCACAUUUCAACUCCGCUGGAUUGGAAAAAGAAGCAACAGAAAAACUCACUGAAACCUGUGCAGUGCUACACAGCGAUCUACCGCAUACCACAGCAGCAGCGUCACUGUGCUGUGGGGAGGUGGCAUCCAAUGCAAUAAACCAUUCCGCAAUCGCAAAAGAGAAUCAGCAUAUGUGCGCUUGCUUGGUCGCUGCUGCCGCACGAUUUAUGAGCCAAUGUAAGCACCGGGGUAUUAGUUUGGAUUCAAUUUCACCACUUCGGAUUGCAGGAGAAUAAAAGAAAAAAAAAGCUGCGGCUGCUGAAUGAACCGAUUGCAAUUAAAAUCUGCAUCCCAUCUGCAUCAUCACCAUCAUCAACAUAAUCUCGACCGUAGUCGGUCCAACUGUUAACGUCUGAUUGGUUUCGUCGGGUCGGAAAGUGUCAUCAUACCUCGGGGCCCGUUUCCGGAGUGACCGCAAAGUGUCGCCCCCAUCACCACGUUGUUGCGGACAGAGAUCAAAACGAGUUCCUUGCAGGUGUUGUUCGACUUUGAUAAAUCCCAGGGAGCCACCGCCCCAACCGUCACCCGGUUCGCCUCCACCAUCAGGGAGCCUCACCACCACCGGCAGACGGGGUGGGUGGCACCGGGUGGGGGCCAUGCGUCGCCGGAAGCCGACCGAGGGCUUCCUCCUGUGCGGUCUCUUCUUCUGGACGCUACUGGUGCAUCUGAUCUCGACAUGCCUGGCCAUCCAGCUGGAGGAACGGAUGGAAAUCGUGCGGAAAGUGCUCAAAGAAGUGCCUUUGAUCGAUGGCCACAACGACCUGCCGUGGAACAUCCGAAAGUUUCUCAAGAAUCAACUGAGGGAGUUUCGCUUUGGCGAAGAUCUACGCGAUAUUACACCGUGGUCGACCAGUGCUUGGAGCCACACCGACUUGCGUCGGUUGAAGGAAGGGAUGGUAGCGGCACAGUUUUGGUCAGCAUAUGCGCCUUGCUCCUCGCAGCAUCUCGAUGCGGUGCAAUUAACAUUAGAACAGAUAGACUUAAUACGCAGAUUAGUGAAUCUCUACCCGCAGCACAUGGCUCUGGUGACGACAGCAGACGGCAUCGAGGAGAGCCAUCGUUCCGGCAAGUUGGCCAGCCUGAUAGGCAUCGAGGGCGGCCAUUCGAUAGGGACCAGUCUGGGGGUGCUGCGAACCUUCUACCAGUUGGGUGCACGUUAUCUGACUCUAACGCACACUUGCAACACACCGUGGGCCGAUUGCUGCAAAGUUGAUGAACCGGGUCAGGUCCCCCACAUUGGGGGCCUGUCGCACUUCGGUACCCUGGUGGUCACUGAGAUGAAUCGGCUGGGGAUGAUCGUCGAUUUGUCGCACGUUUCCGUUCCGACGAUGCUGGACGCACUGGCCACCUCGAAGGCACCGGUCAUCUUUUCCCACUCGUCGGCCCACGCUAUUUGCAAUAGCUCCCGAAACGUGCCGGACCACGUGCUGAAACGAUUGUCUGCCAACGGUGGCCUGGUGAUGGUUGCAUUCUAUCCACAUUUCGUUAGUUGUGGCGAGAAGGCAACCCUCAAGGAUGUUGUCGCGCACAUCAAUCACAUCCGGGACGUGGCCGGUGUGGACCACGUGGGCAUCGGAGCCGGCUACGACGGUGUUAAUCUAGUGCCCCAAGGGCUGGAGGAUGUCUCGCGGUAUCCGUAUCUGUUCGCCGAGCUGCUGGAGUCGGAGAAGUGGACCGAGGAGGACAUCGCCAAGCUGGCGGGGAAAAAUUUAAUUAGAGUUUUCAAACAAGUAGAACAGGUGCGAGACCAACUGGAGGCCCAGGGCAUGCUGCCGAUCGACCAAUCGAUCCCACCGGAGGACAUCCUCGGGAGGUCCUACUGCCGCUACUCGGGGCCACGAACGUGACGUAAACGAAAUCUUCCCGUAAGCUACUACUAUAAGGUAUUCCCUUGAACCAAAACAGAAUCAUGCUACCGAUAGGAUUGAUCUUCGAAAGAAUCCGGUAAAAGUACAAUCGUAUUAAGUUCAUCCUUACAGAAGGGAAAAAACGAAAUCAAACUAGCACAUUCACAACCACAACAAAAAAAAAGAACUCACUUUGUACACAUUCACACUACCUGACUGUAGGAUAUUCAAAUUCACCGGUAAAAGGUCAUGUUUUUGCCAGUGGCAAAAGCUGAAUAGGAGACAACUCAUUCUGCGCGUAGAUAAAAAUCUUAAACCAAAACUACAACAAGCCAACAAUCAAACAACCAACUCACACGUAAAAAAGGAUGAUUUUAAGAAAACAAAAGAAAAAGUUCGCAUAUCAUACAGAAGCGGCAGCCCGCAUAAAAGGUGGGCGGCAAACAAGAAGCAGAACUCAUCACUACCGAAUUUUUUCCAAGAAAACCAAAUUUUCGUAUAUUUUUCUAUUUGUAAAAUAAAAGUGCAACGAUAGCGUUAUAAUCCGAAAGAGAGAAACUGCUCGAGAGAGGAAAAGAUGUAAAAAUUUGAAGACAGAAAGUUAAACUAUUUAGGGCAAACUAACAGAUGGACUAACGAAGUUACGAAAUUCGAAUGUUAAGAGAUGGGAAAAAAAUUCUAAAUGACAAACAGAUAAGGAUAAAAAGAAAACCUUUAGGCUAAUUGUGUAUAAAAGCAUUAAACCAGUGAACGAUACCAAUGAAAUUUAAUCAAACGAUAACUGUGUAGAAAUUAUUGACAUGUUACAUACCGAAUAAACCCGAACUAGGAGUGUCUACAAGUGCUCCGGAUUUUGUAACGACAGAGGCUUGGUUUGGGGUGUGAGCUGUUUGGGAAAUGUUGAAGCGAACGAACACAGCAAAUAAUUUUGUAAUAUCCAUGCGGGCAACUUCUAGCAAUGUGUCCAUUUUUUAACGUAAUUUUACUCGGUGGCAUCGUUCUCCAACAAUUAUCACUCUCACCAUGUACAUCCUAGUUGGCACCGGAAAGUAUCAACAAACCCGU